UUUGGUGGAAACUGUGUAAACUGUAGAGUGUAGACUUUCCACCCUUGAUCCAUGCGUCCGCAUGACUUUCAAGCCAGAAAGGCUAAAAGCUAAACUGGGAAAAAGACCGAAGGAACCUCCCACUCCUUCUGGCCUUCUGGGUUGGAGAAUAAGGAAAUCUCUUACAACUUACAAGCAUCGGCACCAGAAGAGAAUGUUAUGCUCUAUACCCAGAAUCUCUCCAAUGUUCAAGAAAUCAGAUAAUAUGUUUCAGGAAAAAAUUCAAUAAAAGAGGGGGAAAGAGAAAACUGUUCCCAGAGAGAGACUUGAAUGGCGAAGCGAUAGAAUAGAGUUCGUUUAACCGAACCCAUUUGGUUGGGAGGAAGCUUUGCUGAGAGAGAUUUUUUGGGUUCUGCUGUAUAUCGGAGUAGGUAACUCAAGCAAGGAAAAAAGAAGAAGCUGGGGCAAGCCCGUUCAUGUGAGAAGAGUCAAUUGAUUCUCUGGAAAUUGUAGGAACUCAAAAUGGCAUUUUCAAUGAUGGGUUUUGUGGGUUCGCAUAUUUCUCUCCGCUGUGAUCAUAUUACCAAUAAAGGGAUUGCAAAAUUUCAUUUUGUCAAUGAUGGGGCAAGUCAGAGAUCCAAACUUGAACUUCACAAGUACAGGCCAGCGUCUGGAAGGCUUUCAUUUUGCAAGCGCGAGUGUAUUGACUUUGAAGAGAGAACAAGCUCGAAUGAGGUAAGGAAAGAGAUAGAGAGAUGCUAUGAACUCAUACAAAAACUUGGGAGGGGAGUCGUUUAUCUGGGUUCUUCAAGAAUGGGCCCAGAUCAUCCACAUUACAUGCAAGCAAUGGAGUUGGGGAAAGAGAUUGCAAACCUUUUGGACUGCACCUCAUGGACAGGAGUUGGUCCUGGUCUCAUGGAUGCUGUUACUAAAGGUGCUCUUCAAGCUGGAAGGCCGGUGGGUGGAUUUAAAAUCGGCAGAGAAGCUGGUGAAUGGACAGCCACUAACUUCCAUCCAUACCUACCUCCUGAAACCUAUCUUACUUGCAGGUUUUUCUCUGCAAGGAAACAUGGGCUUGUGGAUGCUGCAGUGAGAAAUGCUGCUUCAGAUCGUACAGCUGUAGUUGCUCUACCUGGUGGGAUUGGCACUCUAGAUGAGGUGUUUGAGGUUCUAACCCUGAUUCAGCUAGAAAGGAUAGGUUCUGAGCUCCCUGUUCCUUUCUUAUUAAUGAAUUACGAUUCAUUUUAUUCAAAGCUGCUUGGAUUUCUUGAUGAUUGUGAGGAUUGGGGUACUGUUUCCAAAGGAGAGGUUGCAUCAUUGUGGAAGGUUUGCAAUGACAAUUCUGAAGCUUUGGAGUACUUAAAAAAGUUUUAUAAUUUAAUGCAAAUUAAAGGAAAGCAAGAGUUUUGAUUGAAAGGAGUGGAACCAUUUCUCAAGAGGAGUUCAUAAAAUCACCCGGUUCUGAAGCAGAAACAUGAGUGAAUAUGUGCUUACAGGCUAUGAAAGAUGAUGGCUUGUUGAAGGUUCAUGUAAAAAUCGAGAGAUGGAAGUUUUUUAAUGGAGCAAAAACAUAUAGAAGUCCAGAGAUGAAGCUUUCUGCUAGAUCCCUCUACAACCUUUGUCUGGGAUCAAAACUUCUGGAGUUUAAUAAGGAGAACGACUCCCCCUUAGCCAAGCUAUACAUUGCAGGCAAUUGUUGUAUUAAUGGUCUGUUAGCACCUUUGGCACGAUUGAAUUGCUACUCUGUUAUUCCAUUUGGGUGUAUUCCAUGAUACAAUUGGUUGAUAACUGUACUCAUUGGAAUCACUACAUGGGUUGGUGUCCUCAUUCUUCUUACUAAUUCUUAGUCUGACUUAACACAUCAGUUUUGAGCAUUAAUGGAUAUAUUUGCUAUUUGCAUACUA